CUCGAACAGGGGACUACAAUCCUUGGUGUGAUCCUAGCAUCAGAUCAGAUGCACCUUACAAACUUUACCGGUGACAAGAAGAUGCAUGCCAUCUAUAUAUCGCUAGGCAAUAUCUCCAAAGAUGUUAGGAAAAAGCGAAAUGCCCGUGCAUGGUUACUCCUUGCCAAAAUACCGAUUUCCAAGUUUUCCAAAACUUGCUUUACCGGAAGCAAGACAGAGCGAGAAUCCAUGCCUGGGAUUCUUUCCCACCGUCUGUUUCACCAGUGCAUGAAACUGGUACUUGCACCAUUGAGGGUAGAUUGA